GCUUGGUCUUUCCUCAAUCAUAUUUAUUAUCCACUACAGUAACUCAACCUCCCUUACUACAAUUCUACUAACAAACUGUUCAUUACUUUGGGGCUCGAGAAAGUACAUGCCCAGUAUUCUUUUCCUCCAUAUUAAUAUUGACAACGAUUUCGUCUUGGAAGCUGGAACUCAUUCUUCGUUCUCGAGUAGCCAAGUAAUCUUACCUUGCCAUUUCCAAUACGGUCACCUGAUAAUUGUCACUCAAAAUUGUCAUCCAAACGAUGGCCACGAAAGAGAUUGGUGAGGCUGGUGCAAACAUCCGUCUUGACGAUGGUGAUCCGAAAACACAUUUACCUCACGUAGCUCCUUUGCUAUCUCGCCGUUCUUCUUCCUCUUCCUCUUCUACUACAUCUUAUAACAUGGCUCACACUCCGAUUAGUGUGAUUCAAGAAGCGGGUUCAGAUCUGUUCGAAGAGCGAAGUCAUGUAGAAUAUUUGAAGCCCUUUGAGGAGGAGAUUCUCAAAAUGGUCUUUCCAUCAGCACUAACCCCGGCAGUAUCGCCUAUAUCUCCUCCUUAUAGCGAUGGCGACUCAUCAAUUAUAAAGGAGAAACUAGAGUUGGUGGAGAAGAAGCAUCAACCGUUCAUUACUACACCUCCGGAGAUUAUCAUGGGAAUCUUCAAGUAUCUUAAUCCUAUUGACGCAGUCUGUUUCAGUCUCAUGAAUAAAUACACUCGCAACGUCUAUCUCUCACAUGGCCGUCAUCAAAUUCUUGAUUUCAACCCACCUCUUUCUAUGGGUAGACCCGAGAGUACAUUUCCCGUCAUACCUGGACCCCAACGUUCAUGUCGUCAUUGUUGCCCCGUCGCUUUCUUCCCAGCACAUUGCGAAUUACAUUUUCAUCUAACGAGUUUCAUGCCAUCACAUCUUACCUUUUGCGCUGGACAAUGUCAAAUGUUCACGGAGCGCGAGGAUUCGGAUUCGAAUUAUUGUGGAAGCUGUGGGAGAAACUACAGAAAACAGUUUGAGAGAGGCAGAAGAAUGAUCGAUGUGAGGAGAGAAGAUGGUCAUACCUUUAAAUGGUAUGAACAGCCAAGGUUCGAUAGGGAAAGUCGGGCGAGACAGGACCGUCGCGCAGCAAGAAGAUCGCAACAAGUACCUGCCUCUACCUCUUCGUAGAGUUAAAGCGACGCUCGCCCUAUAAACAUAAAGACAAGCACAACCUAGAGAAAUGUAACGCACGACAGAUAAUCAUCUUACUCAUAUCACCAUUUCGUUUCAUUGUCUCGAAUUGAUGCGGCGAUUUGAACGAUUCGACUCGAAUACUACGCCGUUUGAAUGUUAAGACUGGAUAGAUUGUUUUGGCCACGAUUCGGGUUUACGAACACACGCAUAAUUGUUAUCUGAACGGCGUUUUGAGAUGGUAAAAUAGGACACAGUACUAUGCCAAUUGAUUUCAUCACACGCAUAUGUAUUUUUAACGAAUUGGAAUACUGGGGAAAUGGGAUAGGAUAAGAUAUGGUUUUAAUACGCGUUUAAGGGUGCACAGGAUUAAAUUGCUUCAUGGAUGGAGUUCUGGGAUGAGAUGCAAACUGGGUAUUAUGUUAGCAGGAAGUGAAUAUUUUGAGGAUUUUCAUUUGUAAUAGGAUAGCAUUGCUUACGGAUGGAUUAUGGGUGUGGGUUUCUCUUUUUUUAUGGUUAUUAUGGGAUGGGAUGGGAUGGCGUUGAAGUGAAAUGAAGUAGAAUGGAGUGGGAUGAAAUGCUCGGAAGGUGGUGGAAAAAAAGAAUCGUUGAUGAAGUUUUGAAUAUUGGCUUGGGCUAUCAAGAUUACUCGAAUAGAUAUUUAGGGAGAGUGAGAGUUCGGGGGUAAAGAGUUCUUGACUUGGUACCUAGUAGAAUAGGUAGAUGAAUGUUAAUCAAAUA